UCAUAAUUCAUAUCUCUCGUAGUUGUAUAAGAAAACCGUACUAGAGUUGUCGCUGGAAAAAUAAAGGAAAACUUUGCUUCUUCAAUAAGUUGCAGAGGUCUGUACGUCUGUUUAACAAUGGCGAUUGACGACGACAUCGAUGGUUUUGGAAGCGAGUAUGACGAUGAUUUCUCUGCACUCUCUAGAUCACCAUGUUACCCUGACAUUGUCCAGAAAGUUGAAGAGUUGCUUGAGGUUUCUUUGGCGGUGGAAGAUGAAUAUCAGCUUAUUUCUGAUUGCAUUCAUCUAUUGUUCGAAAUUGAAGAUAAAGUUAUUGAUUAUGUUUCUGGCAUUAAGAAGGCUGAUUUUGAGGUCAUCAAGGAAUCCAAUGAUCAAGUGCUUGGUCUUGUUACAUUGAGGAAGAGGCUCCUUGAUUUUGUGGAUUCCAAAAUGGUGUAUCUUGCACCAAAUUUGUCUGCUGUCGUUGGAACAACUGUUGCAGCAAAGCUCAUGGCCACAUCCGGAGGAUUGGGGUUAUUAGGAAAGAUGACGACAUGUAAUGUUCAACUUCUGGGAUUCCACAGGAGAAAUCUGAAUGAACUUUCCACCCAACUUAGAGUUGGCUAUCUACAGGAGUCUCAAAUAAUCCAAGGCUUUUCCUCGGCUUUAAAAAUGGGUGCCUAUCUUGUGCUUGCUGCCGCCUGUACUACUGCUGCGCGCAUUGAUUUUAUGGGAAAAGACCCUAGUGGGAAUAUUGGAAAGCAUCUGCAAGAAGCUGUUAGGAAAAAGAUUAAGAGAUAUUGUGGGGCGGAAGCAGAACCUACUCAGAAUGUUUCAAAUACAUCUUCUUCACAAGCUAAAGAUAGCAGAGUUGGGGGGAUAUUGAAAAAUCUUGUCGACAGGUGUGUCUAAAUUUGUUAGAUUCAAGUACUAAGUUUCAUGUCAUUUAACUUAUUAGCAAUUAUUUGUUAGACUUAUGUCAUUUCACAAGAAAGCUUACUGUUUAAAAUCAAUAACAUUACCUGGCAAACGCCCUUUAAGAA